GAAUUAUAUAUCCUCCCAUUCUAAAACCCUGUUAUCUCCCCCCUCUCUCAAGUCUCCGGCGGCUAGGGUCGGACGAUGCCUUGCCAACUCCUUCCCAUCUGCUCGCUUGAUUCUCCGGGCAUCCUCCGCUUCAAUCUCGGGGCAUCCAUUCUUCGAAAAGCCUUCCCCUUCAAGCUCAAGUACCUGCCCUUUCAAGCCAAGCCUGCCCGUAUUCUCCUUCAUAGUAGCGAUUCCGUUGGCAUCGCACGGAGGAAUUCCCUUCGUCUUGAUAACUCCAGAUUCCCUUCGAAGCAGAAAUCCUUGGUCAAGGACGACGCGCAACUGGGCGAUAGACAGUUUGAAGAGAUGGAACGAGACGGGAAAAGGAGCAGCCGGGGGAAAAAUAAGAUCGCUUUGGGGGAUGGAAAGAUAAAUCCAAAGGCGUCAGUGCAGGAUACCAUCUUUUCAAAGAGGAGUGACGACAGUUCCAAGUCCUUGCAAGUGAUCAGCAAGGGGAGGGGAAAAAGAACCUUGGAUGAAUCUGGAGGGCGGGCUUCUAAAAUUUUUCCCUCCAAGAGGAGAGUUUCAACUCAGCUUGGGGAGGAAGAUGAAGGUGAAGACUGGAAUAGUGAUUCCCAUCCGAAAUUUACUGCUCCUAGUAACAGUGCCCAACUGAAAAAGGGAAAAUCUAUUAAUGCAGUCUGCGCUGUGUCUCCUAUAAUUUCAGCAUCUGAAGAUGAGUCCUACCUAAGCGAAACCAGGUUUGAACAUUGUUCUCUUUCUUCUUUGUCACUUAAGGGAAUAAAAGAUGCCGGUUAUGUGAGGAUGACAAUGGUGCAGGAAGCAACACUUCCCUUGAUCCUUCAAGGCAAAGAUGUUCUAGCAAAGGCAAAAACUGGAACUGGAAAAACUGUCGCAUUUCUACUUCCUGCGAUUGAGGUUAUUUCAAAAUUACCUACAUUUGACCUUGAUAGAAAAAGGCCUUCCAUUAAUGUGCUCGUCAUUUGCCCAACACGAGAACUUGCAUUGCAAGCCGCUGCAGAGGCUGAUAAACUCUUGAAGUAUCAUCCUUCUAUUGGUGUACAAGCAGUAAUAGGUGGUACACGACUUACACAAGAACAAAGACGCAUGCAAGCAAAUCCUUGCCAGAUUCUCAUUGCUACUCCGGGAAGACUCAAAGACCAUAUCGAGAACACAACAGGAUUUGUCAGUAGGCUAAAUGGUGUGAAAAUUCUUGUUCUUGAUGAAGCAGAUCGUCUAUUGGAUAUGGGAUUCCGCAAGGACAUUGAGAGAAUUAUUUCUACAGUUCCAAAACAACGACAAACACUUCUAUUUUCUGCAACCAUACCAAAUGAUGUUCGUCAAAUUUGUCAUAUUUCCUUGAAAAAAGACUACAAAUUCAUCAGCACUGUGGAAGAGGGUAGUGAAGAGACGCACUCACAGGUGAAACAAAUGCAUCUGAUUGCUCCAUUGGAAAAGCACUUCUCAAUUCUUUACUGUAUACUGAAAAAGCAUAUUUCAGAGGAUUUCGAUUACAAGGUUAUUGUAUUUUGUACCACUGCAAUGUUGACAAAGCUUGUAGCUGACCUACUUUCUAAAUUGCAUUUGAAUGUGCGUGAAAUCCAUUCAAGAAAAUCACAAAGUUACAGAACCAAAGUCUCUGAAGAGUUUAGGCAAUCAAAAGGGCUCAUUCUUGUGAGUUCGGAUGUGUCUGCUAGAGGUGUUGAUUACCCAGAUGUUACCCUUGUUGUACAGGUUGGACUCCCUUCAGAUAGAGAGCAGUAUGUACAUCGACUUGGUAGAACAGGCCGGAAAGGUAAAGAAGGAAAAGGUGUGCUGAUGCUAGCACCAUGGGAAAGUUUCUUUUUGACAACUAUCAAAGAUUUGCCAAUAACAGAGGCAUCACUACCUUCCAUUGAUCCCAACGCUGCAAGACAAGUAGAGCAGGCUGUGAAACUGGUCGACAUGAAGAACAAAGAAUCGGCAUAUCAAGCAUGGCUUGGUUACUAUAACUCAGACAAGAAUAUCGGUAGAGAUAAGUCUAAACUCGUGGAACUUGCAAAUGAGUUCAGUCGAAGCCUAGGCCUCCGAGAUCCUCCUGCAAUACCCAAGCUUAUCCUUAGGAAGAUGGGACUCCAUAAUGUGCCUGGCCUGCAUUCCAAGUGACAAACUCUAUAUGCUGCUGACUUGGGAUAUAUAUUUAUUUUUUUCCAGUUCUUUUCAUUGUUAAUGUAGUAGGCGGUACCUGCCCUGGUUCUUGAACGUGUUAUUGUUCUGAGCAACAAUUAAGUUUCCACUAGGAAAGUCAUACAAUUAGUUGGUUGUCAUUCAAAA